AUGAACCCUUACUCGUCACACUCUGCCCAAGACACCUCCUACAAGGUCCUCGUCCUAGGCGACUCGGGCGUGGGCAAGACCAGUCUGGUACACAUCCUGUGCAACAACGAACCCCAACGAACCCCUGUCCCAACCGUCGGCUGCGACAUCAACGUCCGUCUCCACUCCUCUACAAUCCCAACCGCAGCUGCCACCUCCACAGCACGCUCAGGAAUUCCCUCGCUCCUCUCCAGUCGCUCCACCGCUAAUACUACCUCCUCAACACAAUCAUCGUCCGAUCUUUCGACCUCGGACCCAACAUUCAUAGAGUUUUACGACGUGAGGAGUUAUGAGAACCUCUGGAAGUGGAUUGCUGACUACCUUGAGGCAUCUUCUCAAGGACGAGCUGCCGCAGGAGGGUGGCCAUCAUCAAGCAAUCUCCAGGGUUCUCUCAACAUUCCAUUGUUGGUUGUGGGAACCAAGAAUGACAUGGCAACCGGGGUAGGGUACAGCCAAGGAAAAGGCGGCAGCAGUAGUGGUACUGGUAUGGCGGUGGGUCAGGAAUUGGUGACCAAGUAUGGUGGAGAGGCCAUAUCGGUCUGCGCUGUCUCUGCUACAGAGUUUAUGCCCAACUCUUCGACCUCCAUCGCGUUCAACAUGUUUUUCAACCAAAUCAUCGAUCCAAGGACGUCUCGACACGGACACGCGAACAGCAGCCACCACUACCGACCACAACAUCAGGCAACGCCGUCUUUUGGUUCUUCUUCUUCGACCCCCUCUCCCCUUCCUGGAUACACGCGUCAGCCUCCUACUCCGACACCAGAACAGCAAUACCAGAGCCACCACAACCAUAGCCGUUCAACGCCCUCAAACGACACAGACCCUACCUCGUCCUCCAUCCCAAUCAUGGAUUUCGCAACCUUCACUGGAGGAAGUUCUGUUACUGCUGUCAAUGACGCCGCAAUUCCGCCAAGACGUGCAGAGUCCCCGACACCUGCACGGCCCAUUACCCCCACCGGAAACAGCAGUAGCACGACCCAUUCGACCACCAAGAGUUCCCUCCGUGCCCAGUAUGAGCGCAAUCGAACUGUGCUAGGCCAGUACAGCAGCAAUAUGGGUGUGCCAACAUAUACCAGUCGAGCCAACAGCAGCAACAACAGCAGUCGAGGCCAUACGCCUACUGGGUCGAGAUCAUAG